AUGUUAAAUAGAUUAAUAGUAAAAGGAUCGAAACUAUCAUUAAAUAGCGGUAGUAGUAGAAUUGUAUCAUCAACAUCAUCAGCAUCAGCAGUUCUUGUAAAUAAUAUUAAACAACAACAACAACAACAACAAAAUGGUAGUAGAUCAUAUUCAAGUUCAACUUUUUCAAAGAGUACUGAAGAGAAUCAAAACAAUUUAAAUAGAUUCAAUGAGCUAAAGGAGCAAAUGAAGCAACAAUAUAGUUCAUCAUCUGCUGGUUCAGUCGAAGAUCAAUUGGAUAUUCAAAACAGUGUUGAAAUCAAGGGACUACCUUCGAAUGUCACCAAGAACGAUAUUCAAGACAUAUUUAAAGGACUUUCGAUUGCAUCCAAUGGUAUAAAGAUGAUUUUCGACGAUGAAGAGAACAUUGGAUUCGCAUUGGUCACAUUCGACAGUGCUGCCGACAAACUAAAGGCUCUCGAGAUUAAGAAACCAUGUUUGAAGUCAUCGGAGCAGUCCGACAUCACAAUUGUGCCACUAUCAUUUAGUAAGACCGAUUGGAAAACCAUCAGUAAAUCUAGUUAUAUGAAUAGAACAGCUGUAACCAAUCAUCUUUGGCGUUCACGUACACCCAUCUUCAACAUCAAAUCGAAACAAGCACCAAGUAGCACUGUUACACGUCCGAUCGUCGACAAGCCACCACAAGACAGCUACACUGAAAUCUACCUUCAUUUUAGUUCCGACACCACGCUACGUGAGAUGUAUCUAAGUCCAUAUGGAAAUCUUAGAGUUGGUAGAUUCCUUGAAGAUCUGGAUGCACUUGCAGGAACUGUUGCUUACAAACAUGCAGAGGAUACAACCGAAGAAAAAGUAUUUACAAUUGUAACUGCAUCGGUUGAUAGAAUUCAUUUGUUGAGACCAUUGGUACCGGAUCGUGAUUUCAAGAUGGAGGGUAUUGUCACAUGGGUUGGAAAAUCGUCGAUGGAAAUCGUUAUCAAAGCAAGAUCGAAAAAUAAUGAAACUGGUGAAUGGGAAGGUGUGUUGGUAGCCUACUUUACAAUGGUGGCAAGAGAUCCACUGACAAAGCGUGCUGCCUCUGUCAACCGAUUGGUACCGACCAACGAGAAAGAACAAAAGCUAUUCAACGACGGAAUCAGCCAUAAGACUUCACGUCUCGAUUUUGCAAAGCUCUCGCUUCAGAAUGUUCCACCCAACAGCGACGAACUUCAAAUCAUUCACGAUCUCUUUAUGCGCUCGAAAGACGACAAAUCCAAUUUCCACUGGAUUCCAAUGAAGGAUACCUCCCUACAAACUGUAAUCCUAUGUCAACCACAAGAAAGAAAUAUGCAUGGUAAUAUUUUUGGUGGUUAUUUAAUGAGAAAAGGAUUUGAAAUUGCAUUUACAACUGCUUUCCUUCAAUUUAACGAAUCGAUUCCAACCUUCUUUGGUAUGGACGAUAUUACUUUUGUGUUACCAGUCGAUAUUGGAAAUAUUCUCACAUUGGACGCCACCGUUGUCUAUACAGAGUCUGUCGACAGACUCACCUACGUCCAAGUGGAAGUCGUUGCACAUGUAUCAAAUCCAGUGUCUGGUUCGUCCGAGAAGCACCUGUCCAAUGUAUUCAACUUUACAUUCCUUUGUCGUAAUAAUAAGGAUGCCGAUACUGUCAAGCCAAAGAGAAUCUUACCACAGUCCUACUCUGAGGCUAUGAGAUACCUCGCUGGAAAGAGAAUCGUAGAUAAACAAAAACUUUACUCUCAUGAUGAUAUGGAGAUUUGGCAGAAUUAA